AUGGAUAUUCCCCACAGGAGCUCCUGGAAGAGGUUUCUGCUCACAGCCUCUGUCCUUAUGUCAUGGAGCUUUCCAGGUGCUGCCCAGCUCACCAUCAUCCCCCAGCCAUCCAUUGCUGUUGUGGGUGCAGAUGUCCUUCUCUCUCUCCAUGGCCUCCAGGAAGGAAGUUAUGCCUCUGUGACCUGGUUUCAAGGGAUAGGUUUUGUGAGAAGCAUCCUGUCCUAUGACACUGAGACAGAGACAACGAUCACAGGUCCUGCAUUCACCGACCGGGAAGUCCUGCAAUCUAAUGGCUCCCUCAUCAUUAGGGGAGUCAAAGUGACUGACUCUGGAAACUAUACCAUCAUUGUAAACAGCAAAGACAAUAAGCUCAUGUGGGCGACACAAGGUUUCCAAGUCUAUGUGAUGCCAUCAAAACCCAGCAUCAUCAUGGAGCCUGGAGGUUCCAUCAUUGAGUUCCAGAGCUUGGUGAAGUUCACAUGUAACCCCAAUGAAGCGGAUGUCAACAUUCAGUGGUUCCUGAAUAAUGCUGAGCUCCCACUCAGUCCUCAACUGUCCCUGUCUUCAGAUAACAAGAUCCUCACCUUUCACAAUGUUACCAGAGGGGACAGUGGUUACUACCAGUGUAAAGUCUGGAAUUCAGUGGGCUUCCAGGAGAGUGAUGGCAUCAACCUGAUUGUCUUCUAUGGACCAGAUCAGGUCACGAUCACGCCGGAUACUGGAUCCAUUUGGGGCAACAUCGUUGGAGUGGAAAUCAACUCCAGCCUCACGUUAAAGUGCCAGGCCGAGUCAAACCCUGCCCCUGACUAUACCUGGUAUUUGAAUGAAAAUUCCUUGGGGAUUUUGGAGUCCCAGUACUCCAUCUCAAUGGCCUCCAGGAAUCACGACGGGAAUUACAAAUGUACAGUGGACAAUAGGCUGGCUGGAAAAUCUGCUUCAGCGUCUGUCACAGUCAAGGUGGCUGAGUGGGUGACCAAGCCCCAUGUGUUGGCCAAUACCACCUCUAUCGUGGAGGAUGAGGGAGCGGUGAGUUUUACCUGUGUUACUCCAGAUACUGAGAUUGAGGUUCAGUGGCUUUUGGACAAUCAAAGCCUCCCAGCAAAUGACCGACUGGUGCUGUCCCAGGGGAACCGGACAUUGACCAUAACCCAGGUUCACAGGGAGGAUGCUGGGCAGUAUCAGUGCACCACGAGGAACUUGAUCAGCAGUAUCAGCAGUGACCCUGUGCCUUUGACCGUGAACUAUGGACCUGACCAGAUCAAUAUCACUCGGGCCUCGGGGUCCAGCGCGCUCAACAGUAUCGAGAUUACUCUUGGCUCUACUCUGACCUUAUUGUGUAGUGCUCCUUCUCAGCCAGAGGCUCAGUAUCACUGGUCCCUCAAUACCACCAGCUCAUUGGAGCACGCUGGGUCUCUACUCACCAUAGAGGCGGUGACCUGGGAUCAUCAGGGAACUGGCAUGUGCUCCGCCUGGAACAAUCUGACCCGACUGGACCGCUCAGCCACAGUCACCAUCAGGGUGGUUGAUUCCUCACUAUCGUCUGGGGCCAUUGUUGGUAUUGUGAUUGGAGUUCUGGUUGCUGUCGCUCUUCUCGCAGGGCUGGUGUAUUUCUUGGUCAUCAGGAGAAGGCAGAGAGGGUCAGUGGGCUGCAGGUUGCAUGUGGCAUCUGGGGACCUGCAUCCAAGUCUUUGCUCUGCACUUACUACCUGCAUGACUUUGGCUCACUCUGUUUCAGGAGGGGCUAUCGCUGGCAUUGUGAUUGGAGUCCUGGCUGGGGUGGCUCUCACUGGGGCCCUCGUCUAUUUCCUGUACAUCAGAAAGACUAGAGGAGCUUCACAAGGGCUACUGGGAGACCCUGGACCAGGAGGGAAGACUCAACCAGAUCAGAAGCCUAGUAAGGUUCUGGAAAAUAUUUACUGGCUACAAGACUCAAAUCCUUCUGCACAGGGCCUGGGCUCCUCCCCUGCUUUUCCUGAAGUCCCAUCAGAGAGUCCGUAUCAGAUGCUGGACAUCACCAAAGUGGAUGUUUAUGACAAGAUAAUUCCUUGGAAGAACCCUCAAGCCCAAGAAAGAGGGAAAAGUCCCUAAGGAUGUUGUGAUAGCCCUUCUGUUUCCCUUCAUUAAAGAGGGUUCAGAGGCAUCUCUCAGGGGAGAAAGCUGAGACAUCUGGUUUAAUGGGGAAAACCAACCAAGAGAGAGGGAAAGGGGCUAGACUGGGGAGAAGGAAGGCUUCCAGGGAACCAGGGGCACCCAGACCUCCAAGAAAGGACUGAGAGGAAUGAAAGAAGCCAGAGCUGUGUGUGCCCGAGCUGGUUAGAAGUCAAAAUACCCUAUGAAAUAAAUUUGUGUGCAUACUCUGUUGA